AGAGCCGGAACUAUAAACUAGGGCUAGAAAGCACUGAGCAAAGUCUUUCAAUCUUCUUUGAUAAAACCCCCAAACACACACACAAACGCCAUAUUCAUGAAAGUUCAUGUAUUGUGAUUGCACAUAACAACACUAGCCUCCGUACCCCCUUAUUAUGCCCACUAUGGAAACUGAGAAAUCAAACACCUCUAGAGCUGAGGAACUCAAGCAACUCGCAAAUGAAGCAUUCAAAGGGCACAAGUAUUCGCAAGCUAUUGAUUUGUACACACAAGCGAUUGAAUUGAACAGUGAGAAUGCGGUGUACUGGGCUAAUCGUGCGUUUGCUCAUACCAAAUUGGAGGAAUAUGGCAGCGCAAUACAGGAUGCAACUAAGGCUAUUGAAAUUGACUCUAAAUAUUCAAAGGGUUAUUAUAGGCGAGGUGCGGCAUAUUUGGCAAUGGGGAAGUUCAAAGACGCUCUCAAGGAUUUUCAACAGGUCAAGAAGUUAUGUCCAAACGACCCAGAUGCGACCAAGAAAUUGAAGGAAUGUGAGAAAGCUGUCAUGAAGCUAAAAUUUGAAGAAGCUAUUUCUGUCCCAGAAUCUCAGAGACGUUCAGUAGCUGAUUUUAUUGAUUAUCACACCGUAGGGUCUGGCCCUGGCUCAUCAUAUGUUUCCACCAAAGUAACUGCUGUAUCAGCGGCAGCAGCACUAAUGGCAGUACUGGUGGUAUAUAUGGGGACUAAGGCAGCCACAGCGGUGGCAGCAGCAGCUUUGGCAGCCUUAAUGAUGGUCUUGCUAACAUUUCGGUGGGCUCGCUACAAUGAUACCAAGAAUCGAACACUUGAAUUAGAAGUGGAGCCUCAAUAUACUGGUGCAAGGAUAGAGGGAGAUGUUGUAACAUUAGAUUUUGUAAAGAAGAUGCUGGAUGACUUCAAAAACCAGAAGAAUUUACAUAAAAGAUAUGCCUACCAAGUAGUUCUGCAAACAAGAGAAAUGUUGCGAGCGUUGCCCUCCCUUGUUGACAUUGUUGUCCCCGAAGGGAAACACUUCACUGUAUGUGGUGAUGUACAUGGUCAGUUUUAUGACCUUCUAAAUAUUUUCGAGCUCAAUGGGUUUCCUUCCGAAGACAAUCCGUAUCUGUUCAAUGGUGACUUUGUUGAUAGAGGGUCUUUCUCUCUGGAGGUCAUAUUGACAUUAUUUGCCUUCAAGUGCAUGUGUCCAUCAGCUAUAUACCUUGCAAGAGGAAAUCAUGAAAGCAAGAGCAUGAACAAGAUAUAUGGGUUUGAGGGCGAGGUCAGAUCUAAGUUAAGUGAAACCUUUGUGGAACUCUUUGCAGAAGUGUUCUGUUGCUUGCCUUUGGCUCAUGUCAUAAAUGGGAAAGUCUUUGUAGUUCAUGGAGGUCUUUUCAGUGUUGAUGGUGUGAAACUUUCUGAUAUUAGAACAAUCGAUCGGUUUUGUGAGCCCCCGGAGGAGGGGUUAAUGUGUGAAUUGCUAUGGAGUGAUCCACAACCUCAGCCUGGUAGAGGACCUAGUAAACGAGGUGUUGGUCUUUCUUUCGGGGCAGAUAUAACUAAAAGAUUCUUGCAGGAAAAUAAUCUAGAUUUAGUGGUCCGUUCUCAUGAAGUGAAGGAUGAAGGUUAUGAGAUUGAGCAUGACGGCAAGCUCAUCACAGUGUUUUCUGCUCCAAAUUACUGUGACCAGAUGGGUAACAAGGGUGCUUUUAUACGGUUUGAGGCUCCCGAUAUGAAGCCAAACGUUGUGACCUUUUCAGCAGUGCCACAUCCUGAUGUCAAGCCGAUGGCCUAUGCGAACAACUUCCUUCGAAUGUUCUCUUAAACCCUGAAACCUAACUUGCAGUAUUACAAUUGAUGCAACCUUUUGUCUCACUGACCAAGUGCAUGCACAUCAGGAGGCAGAAGAGUUAGUACUUACAUCCAAUUAUCUGCGGUGUCACUUUUUGGACAACUUCCUGACUUGCCCGCAGCUGGUGAGGAUCCUCACCUCGUUUGUUUUGUGUGGACAGAAAGACUUGGGUUAAGGUGUAAACGCUUCACUACAAUAACAAUGCUGUGUAAGAUGUUUGGUGGAUUGUCCCUUCUAUUAUUUAUAUUCCUCUGCUUAAGAUUGUCGCAAUUCUCAUUUCUCUUAGAAUGUCCAAACUGGGAGCUUUGAUCAGUUGAAAUUUUGGUCCUUCCUUUUUCUAUUUUCUUGAUUCAA